AUGGCACCGAAUUACACCCGUAAAACUGAAUAUUACAUGUUCGGUGGAAACAGUCGGCCCAACAAAGCGAAACAAUUGGCUCAUGCAAGACAGAGCAUAACAAUUACCGGACUUGGAUCCAAGUCCUUCGACAACAUUGUGCAAAACUGUUGCCACAUGUACACUAUGUUCAGUCGUUACACACCUAAUGCGAAAUUGCAGCCAGUCCCCGAGUUCAUCAGCAAAUACCGUGAUGCAGGCAAUGGUGGUGCCAUUGAGUCUCCCGCGCUCACUGCCAGCUCUCGUUUCUUCACACCCAUUAAACAGGCAUCGGGAUUCGACGUUGUCAGUAUAAAUCCAGAACUUGAUCCACGUGGAAUCCUCGGCAAGGUAGAUGCGACAAAGUGGGUGCAUACGGAGGACAACGAAGUAGGAUAUUACAUCCAAACAUCUCAUGCAGACCAAAACAGGCAAGUCGAUAAGGCCCCAAAGCUAAAUAUCGGCGAUAUCGUCGAAAUUCAGGCUUCUAUGCUGAGCCUCCCGAGCAAAGGGACCUACACUGUCAAACUCAUUUUGCGAAGCAUUGUAUUAUUAGAUGGCCAUCUUACAUCGGCUGCCACGACGGCCCGAACUCUUGCCGCAGAUACCAUUAUCUUACCCCCGCCGCGUCAACUCAAGUGGCAGAACCCUUACAGUGGUUACGUCUCCCAACGGGCUCAGACUCCGCAAAUCAAUGAAGCGGAUGUACCUCAGUAUCAGCCAGAGGAGGAAUUAGAAGAAUCUGAUUGGCAUAACAUGCCAACAGAGUAG